CCAUGUAAUUCUCGCAUUAUUUAUUAAUCCACUUACUUGUGCAUAAGCUUGAAAGAGAGGUAAAUAAGAGUAAGUAAUAAUCUUAGUAAUUAUCUAAAUGUACCGUAAUAUGCCGUACGAGGUAUUUUAAGCUACUUAUUGCGUGUAAAGGAGAGAAUGUAUUAACGCUAAGCUUCUCAUGCUAUCUUGAAGUUCUUCGUAAAGUUAUAAGAAUAUUAUGCAAUGAUAUACUUCCGCUUGGAACUAACGCUUGACUGCUGAGAAAUAGUGAAAAUUGAGGAAAUCUAUUCCAACCAGUAUGAAGAGAAUUACGCUAGAGAAAGUAAUCGCGUUUCUAAAGGUGGAUUUAAUGUUUGCUUGCUGUUGGCCAGUAUCGCGGAACGCGACAAAGUUUCAGAUUAUUUGUAAUAAAAUAUUUCGUUUAAUUUCUGGAUUGCAUGGACUAUUAUUACUUAUUGAAUUAAUAUACACGAUUAUUUAUCGUAAUGAUAAUAUUCGAAUGUUUCUGCAAUCAUGCUGCGCAAUAGGCAUUUUAUUAGAAAUUCCGUUGCAGAUACUAUUAUUUACUCUACAGCAUGAUCGUCUGCAAACAGUGAUUUUUCAAAUGGAAGAUUAUUAUCAACGAGCGAAAUCAGAAGAAAGAGAUGUAUUUCAAAAACUCAUUGAUAAAUAUAUAUAUUUUUAUGUUAUAACAUUAGGCAUGAUUACCUUAGCACUGUUUAGUUCACUUCUGGAACCAUUGUUUCAUGGAUCUAAUUCCUUUCCGCUUGUAAUAAAAUAUCCGUUUUCUGUUGAUCAGCAACCGCUCUAUGCAAUCGUGUAUUUCCAUCAUACACUUGGAUUAUAUCAAGCUUAUUGUCAAGUGAGCUCUUUUGUUUUUCUUGCACUUCUGUUAUGGUUUACAUCGGCGCGAUUUGAAAUACUGAUCAAUAAAUUUCGAAUGGUUACGAAAUACUCUGAAUGGCAAAGUUGUAUUAGAGAACAUCAAGAGCUUUUGAGAUUUGCCCAAGAAGUGAGUUUAUCUGUUUCAUACCUAGUGCUUGCAUCACUCGGAAUUAGUACUUAUUCGUUAGUAUUUGCUGGUAUUACUAUUCUCAGCCGACUACCGUUAGCCAUAAAAGCAGAGUUUUUUGGUGUAUGUAUUUCAACAUUGGCAAAAAUACUUCUAUGUGCAUGGCCAGCUGAUUAUUUAAUGACUGUGAGUUCUGAUAUUGGUGACGCUGCAUACGAUUCGUUAUGGUAUAAACAUGACAUUGAUUCACAAAAGAUUAUGUUAUACACGUUGCUCCGUUGUCAGCGACCUGUAAUUAUAACUGUUCCGGGUUUAUUAUCAGCUUUAACAUUUCAACAUUAUUCAUCUUAUGUCUCGACAGCAUUUUCGUUCCUGACAACUUUUCGAAUAAUUCUUUCUGAAGAUAAUAAAAAAUGAAAUACUAUGAAGAAAACAUUUUUUCAAUUUUUUGAAUUUUUGUAAGUGUGCAACAAAUAGAACAAAAUAGAACUAGUUUUAUAUACAAUAAAAUUUAUUUG